AUGACUACAUCUUCACCAAAAAUGAGUAAACAAAAUAUAUAUGAUAGUAAAGAAUUCUUUGAUGGAUAUGCAAAGAUGGAUAGAUCGGUAAAGGGUGCAGCUGGUAUCUGUGAAUGGGAUUCGACGAUCAAGAUGCUAGACGAAGCACUGCAAUCAAAGCAUCAACCAACGUUGGAGAGUGUUGUGGACUUGGGAUGUGGUUAUGGAUGGUUUAGUGGCUACUUGGCAAGAGAGAGACAUGUCAAGAGUAUCAAAGCAUACGAUCUAUCGGUUAAAAUGUUGGAUCGUGCCAAACAACUAAAUCAACACGAAGAAUCGAUUGAAUACGCACAAGCUGAUUUAGAGACGAUCAAACUACCACCACUUGCAUUUGACCUUGCCUUUAGUUCAUUGACACUGCACUAUAUAGUCAAUCUAUCGACUCUACUCGAUACUGUCUACGCGUCGGUUAAACCUGGUGGUCAUUUUAUAGUCAUCAUCGAGCACCCUAUAUACAGUGCACCAACCAUUAGAAAUUGGAUAAACAAUAAUACUCAAACACCCACUGACCCUAAUCAACAACAAGAAGAAGAGAAAGAAACAUUGGGAUACAAACAAGGAGAAGAAAGAUUAGUAUGGCCAUUAUACAACUAUCAAAUGGAAGGUGAUAGAAUAGAAAAUUGGAUUGUCAAGGGUGUUGUCAAACAACAUCGUACGAUAAGUAGUUAUAUUAAUCACUUCAUCAAUGUUGGUUUCAAUAUUCGAAAGGUCGAAGAGUUUACACCUUCACCCGAUCAAAUUAAACAAGUUCCCUCUCUCGCAAUUGAAGCUCAUCGUCCAAUGUUUUUAAUGAUAUCUCUUCAAAAACCAAUAAAUUAA